AAAACAAACAUCGUUUAGAGAGAGAGAGCUGAGAUGUAGAGAAUACAUGAGAGUCGGUCUAGGAGGAAGGAAAUGAGGAGUGGAGCGAGGAUUUCGGCAAUAAAUUAGUGAAGAAAGUUUUCAAAUAGUUGCUUUAGAUUUGGCAUUAAAGUUUGAAUUUCGAAAAAUGGGUUUCGUAAAUUUAGUCAUCUGAUCUGUCUCUCCGACACACAAACAACUGGGUUUCAGAAAAAUCCGAAUCUCAUAGAUACACUCUCUCUAUUUAAAGCUUUCUUUCCAUUUUUUUCUCUCUCUCUCAAAACACCCACAUGCACAACCACAAUCUAUGAUGAAUUAAUGAAAGUUCUCUUCUUUCCAUUUAUGUAGCUGAUCUUCACUCCAUCCACCAAGAUUUCAUAUAAUCUACAGAUUGAGAUUUGGGUUCCCCAUUCAUUCCACUAGAUUUGGCUUUUGGGUUUUUCCUCAACCCCUCAGAUUGUCAUUCUUUGGAUUUGGGGUAUCUCAAAUUAAUUGUAAUUUGGUGCAUCACUUUCCAUACAUGACCCAUUUCCCAGUUGUUUAAAUUACUCAGAAGCCAGAAUUUCAAUUUGGGGCUUCCAAACACUACAAAGUUAAUGUAUGAAAUAUGAAUCCUUGUAGUCUUGGUGUUAUUUUGUAAGCUUUUAGUAUAACGCAACAGAUUCGCAAUUUUUGGGGGUGCGAUCGCCCCCUUUUUCGCUUGGAUUGAGACACAGGAAUGGCACAAGAACAUACCCAGAGGUAUAGCAAUAGCAGUGGCGGCGAUGGUGGCGGUAGUAGUAGCAGCAGAUCAUCAAAAAGGUUAAAGGAAAAAAAAGUCCCACAAAGAGGACUAGGUGUGGCUCAGCUUGAGAAGAUCAGACUAGAGGAACAACAAAAGAAGGAUGUUCCUAUUUCCUCACCCAUUUCAUUUCUGUCACCUAGUAAUUCCUCACCCAAUUUUAACCAUAACCCUUCACCAUCUUUGGUCCCUUUGCCUCCUCCCCCAUUGCCAACCGAUCUCUCUUCGCCGGUUUUUAGACAAGAUUCUUCUAUACCCAGUAUAGAUUUUCUUCAUCCAAAUGCUUUUGCAUUGUCAAAACCAUCAGAUGGGGAUGGAGGGGAGAUUGGGUGGCCGUCGGUUCCGGGUUUGGGGCAGGGGUAUUUGCCCAAGUUUUGGAAUGGUGACUACAAUAUUCUUGAAGGUGAAAACCAAGGGCUCGCAUUUCGGUCAAAUGUGAAAUUACCCUUUGAAUCAAAACCCGUUUGGGCUCCCCAAAUUGUGACACAAAGAGCACAUCAAAUCCAGCAGCAACCCCCUUCAACUUCUUUAUCAAUGGUGAAUGUCUCAUCAGGGACUUCAUCAUCGUCACGGAUAAAUUAUGCGCCGAUGGAGCCCCCUUCAAACCAAAGCUUUCAUGGCAAGAACAACACACCUAUUUGGUCCGAGGAGGAGAAGAUGGUUGGCAGGAAGAGGUCGUAUCCCUUCUCUCUAGAUAAUGUACCAGGCCUCUCUUUCCCCUGCAAAGUUCCCACCAACAGAUCAAAUGAACCUUCUUCCGGCAAUGGCAAUGGAGGCGCAGUUAAUGUUGAGCUCAACAACCCAAUUUUCAGCAACCUCUUCAGGGAAGGCUCUUCAAGCUCAAGUGCCUUACCUGAGCUGAAUCCAAACAAGGCUACCAAAGAAAACGAGGAUUUGAAUGGAGAUUUCCUCACAUUGGCCCCUCCAACAAUGGUUGUGCCACGUCCCGGUUCAAAUUCCAAGCACCCUUUAAUGUUUCUGAACCCACAUAACCAGGAAUUACCAGAUUUUGAAUCUCUACCAUUUCAAGGAAGUGUUGCCGGCCCAAUUCACCAACCAGGACCUAGCAGAUCGACGCAACAUCAGGCAUUCUAUACCUUCUAUCCUUCGGCAAAGGCACGAAUUGGCCCGGUAACAACCGGAGUUAGUGGAUCCAGUAGUAGUGUGGGAGAAAAUCUUGACCUAAACCUGAAGUUAUAGAAGAUUUUAGCCUAUUUCCAAUGGUGGUGUGGCUUAGGCCUAGUGUUGUUUUCCCUUAAGAGUGGCUAAGUGUUGUUUUCCCUUAAAGAGUGGCUAAGCCCAUUUUCUAUUAUGUAUCGGCAGCCUAGAUAUUUCUGUCAAACUUGCUGGAUAAAACUAGGAAUGAUUUUUGACCUCCACAUUUUUUACAAC